UUUAGAAAGCACGAGCCAAUCGAACAGCUUGUCUCACGCAUUCGCAUUGUCCGACUAUGCUGCCUUAUUUUAACCACCUAUAACAACCUAUAUCUGCCACUUCUAACCUGAAGACCUGGUAGUAAACACAACAAUUCUAGACCCGUAUCACCAAGAGCAAUAUAUUAAUUAAUUUUAGCGUUAUUAAGCGUACGUAGUUAGAAACAUUAUGGACGUAUUUUUAAUGAUUAGGCGAAAGAACAUGACAAUAUUUACUGACGCAAAGGAUGACACAACUGUCCUAGAGUUAAAGAAGAUGAUAGAAGGUAUAUUGAAAGUACCACCUCUAAACCAACAACUAUUUAACAAGGACAACACCAUAAUGAGUGACAGCAAGUUUUUAUCGGAUUAUGGACUAACAUCGUUAACUGCAAAGGCACAGUGCCCUGCGUUAGUGGGCUUAGCUUUGCGUCAAGAUAAUGGCCAAUUUGAAACUCUUGAAAUGACGCCGUUCUCACUACCACCAGAUCUUCCUGAUGUAAUGAAAUCACAGGAAGCUAAUGGUCAAGAACAAUCUCCUUGAAAUGACAUGAAUGAUAUCGCAUCAGUUGACGACAAAGCGUUGUGUUCGAUGCAAACUAGUAACUUAUCAAAGCAGCUUUGAAUGAUAAAGCAGAAAAAAAACAAGGAAGUCUAUGCAGGUAUCAAAUAUUAGAUACAUUCAACUUCACACACAGAUACUUGGAGUUUCAAAUUUUUCCCAACACCUUUAUUGAAGAUGCUCUGUAGUCGCGCAGUCUUCGGUUUUGUAAAAGAGUGGACAAGUACCAAUUUGUACUUGAAUAUUAUUAGACUGAAGGUGAUAAUAAAGUUAAAAUCAUGCUUACUA